CUAUCUCAAUUUUGUCCCCUGACAUAUAUAGGAAUGUCGAAUAAGUCAGUUUCUACAUUUACCUUUUUCCUUGUUUUGCUUGUUUUGCAUGGAGUUCAUAAUACAGAAGAGAGACAUUUGAAAACUACUUCGUUAGAGAUCGAGCCAGUUUAUAAAGAGCCUGAUCAGGCUAAGAGUCCUACCAUUGUGGUCACAUAUACACGACGUAGAGUCCUUCGAAAGGCGGUCAUCUCGCACCCUACUGACUUCAGGCCUACGAGUCCUGGAAACAGCCCAGGCGUAGGACAUUCUCACGGGCGACACUGAUUUGAUCACAUCAUACUUCAAAGUCUACAUCAUCUAUAUAUAUAUACUUUGUGUAUGAAUGUAUCAUUUUAAGACAUUUCUUCUAAUUUUAUGAUAUGACAUAUAUAUGUAUCAUGUACGUAUGUAUCACAUUGGCAUUUC